UUCUAUCUCAUUCUGGCUUCACACAAAUCACACCCUGCCUUCUCUACUUUGCUCCGUUUCUUCUUCUGAUUUUAUCUUUCUCGUCGCUACACAAUUCCGCCGAUGAUGAUUACGACGGCGACGGUCACCGUGGCGGCGGCGGCAGAAGGUGUUGGUGUCAAAUUCCAUUCUUUCAAAAUCAUAAACCCUAAUCUCACUCUCCCCAAUCGGACCUCCACAACUACUCUCCGUUUUGGCUUUCGCAGAUUUUCUUCUUCUUCUUCUUCUUCUUCUUCUUCUUCUUCUUCUUCUCUAUCUGUUGUAUCUGCUAAAGCUUCUUCUUCAAUCGUUCGCGAAGAAGAUCCGAAACUUGGUCCCGUUUCGCUCGGACACAUCACCCGACCUGAUUUUCCUAUUCUUCACCAGGAGGUAAAUGGCUCAAAACUUGUCUAUCUUGACAAUGCUGCAACUUCUCAGAAGCCCACUGCUGUUUUGAAGGCUAUACAAAACUAUUAUGAAACAUACAAUUCAAAUGUGCACCGUGGGAUUCAUUUCCUGAGUGUGAAAGCAACGGAUGAAUAUGAAUUGGCAAGAAAAAAGGUGGCAACUUUCAUCAAUGCAUCUGAGUCUAGAGAGAUUGUUUUCACAAAAAAUGCUACUGAAGCUAUCAACCUAGUAGCUUAUUCCUGGGGCCUUUCAAAUUUAAAACCAGAAGAUGAGGUUAUACUCACAAUUGCAGAGCAUCACAGUGCUAUUGUUCCUUGGCAAGUUGUGGCUCAAAAGACUGGUGCCAUUUUAAAGUAUGCGGGUUUAACUGGAGAUGAAGUUCCAGAUACAGCAAAAUUAAGGGAGAUGAUUUCAAGGAAGACAAAAAUUGUGGUUGUACAUCAUGUCUCGAACAUGCUAGCUUCUGUUCUACCAAUUAAGGAGAUUGUGGGUUGGGCACAUGAUGUUGGGGCAAAAGUGCUGGUAGAUGCUUGUCAAAGUGUUCCUCACAUGGUGGUUGAUGUACAGAGCCUCAAUGCUGAUUUUCUUGUUGCUUCCUCUCACAAGAUGUGUGGGCCUACAGGCAUUGGAUUCUUAUAUGGUAAAAGUGAGCUGUUGUCUGUCAUGCCUCCUUUCUUAGGUGGCGGCGAAAUGAUUUCUGAUGUAUUUUUAGACCAUUCCACUUAUGCUGAACCUCCAUCCAGAUUUGAGGCUGGAACACCUGCAAUUGGGGAAGCAAUUGGGUUAGGAGCAGCAAUAGAUUAUCUGUCUGGAAUUGGCAUGCAAAUGAUUCAUGAUUAUGAGGUAGAGCUGGCAAAUUACCUAUAUGCAAGCCUACGUUCAGUUCCUAAUAUUCACAUAUAUGGGCCGGUACCUUCCCAAAAUGUCCAGCGUGCUGCUCUUUGUUCAUUCAACAUUGAAGAUAUUCACCCAACAGAUAUUGCAACAUUUCUGGACCAACAGCAUGGAGUAGCAAUAAGAUCAGGCCAUCACUGUGCACAACCCCUGCAUCGUGAUUUACGAGUCAAUGCGAGUGCACGAGCUAGCCUCCACUUCUACAACACAAAGGAGGAUGUUGAUGAUUUCAUCCGAGCACUCAUGGACACAGUUAGCUUCUUUUCGUCCUUCAAAUAGCCUAAAUUCGUCUUUUAUUAUUUAUUUUUUUUCCAGAUGUAUUGCACAAUGGCAGCUGUGUUCUUGUCAGUGACUGAUUAAUAUUGUCAAUUGACUUCAUCUGAAAUUUAAUGACCUGACAAGGUUAUAUGUAAAAAGUGUUUAUCUUGGGAGAGAGAAGAAAGUGUAGCAAAAUUUAGAAAAGCAGAAGACAGAAAUAACCUAAACUUUUGGAUUGCUGCAAGUCGACAUUUAAAUUGUUCUGAUCCUAUCCAAUUUCA